AUGUUUGCGCAGCAGCAGUUCGAAUGCCAGGUCAAUGCCGAGUGGGACCAGCUGAGCCAUGAAACGGGGCAGUGGGAGGGUUGGGAUCCGAUCACGGGCCAACCGGAGGUGCACAGUCCGGUGACUGGGCAGACGGAAUGGAGACAGAUCCCGCGUUGCGUGGUGGAGGAUGGAAAGGAUGAGGCUGAUGAGUGGUUGUGGAGGAGGAAUGGAGGCAGCAUUGUGUCUCUCGGCCAGGGCGAUAACAGUGACGAGGAAGAUGAGGAAGACGAGGAAGACGAGGAAGACGAGGAAGACGAUGAAUUGGUAAUCUACGGCAUAGAUGCUUGA